AUGGAUGGAGAAUCACCAAGCCAGGAGACGUCUGAGUCAACAGAGACGACCAAUCAGACUGAUACCAACAACAAUAACAACCAAGCUGGCGAGCCAGAGCCAGAGCCAGAGGGGAAUAAAGACACAGCGAGGGAGCGCUCAGACAUGGAGACAGCUGAAGAUCAGGGGUCGAUGGAGGAUACAGUUUCACAAGAGAGAGGAGGUGAUGAGGAGGAGGCCAGUGCCGAUGACACGGACAAACCCCAGAGGAUUUCAAAGUCUGAUGAGGGUGACAGUGAAGAGGCUGAGCCAGAUAAAGACCAAGCCUCUACUGGGUUGAAGGAUCCAGAAGUGAUAAACAGAGAAAAAGAAGAGGAGGGAGACGUGGAACAAAACAAGAAAGAAGCACAGCAGGUGGAAGAGGUCAAGACCGGGAAAGACGAAGAGGAGCUAAAGGACAAAGACGGAGAGAGUAAAACAGGGGGAAAGGCAAAGGAAGAGGAGACAGAUGUGAGUGGGAAAGCAGCAAAGGAGGCAGAGAAGUCAAAACUAGUCAAAGAAGCAGAGGUAGACACGAAAGACAAAGAAAAGAUAAAAGAAGUAGAAAAGCAAGGGAAGCCCAAGAGAAAGAGUGGACCUGCUUCCUCGUCUGUUUCCAGACCGAGGCCUACUGCACGCUCUGUUAGAGCAACCACUAAAAAAAACAUAAUAGCCAAAUUUGAACAAGGCGCACCAGAGACACCAGUAGCACGCAACUUCAAAGUUCAGAGAUCGUCUGCAGCCGUGGCAACGGGUGCUUCAAUCAAACAGAAGAUGCUUCAGUGGUGUCGCAACAAAACCCGGAACUAUGAGGGCGUCAACAUAGAGAACUUCUCAUCGUCUUGGUGCAACGGGAUGGCUUUCUGCGCUCUGAUCCACCGCUUCUUUCCCGACGCUUUCGACUUCAGCUCGCUCAGUCCAAAAGAGAGGGAGAAAAACUUCACUCUGGCCUUCAGCAAUGCAGAGUCACUUGCUGACUGCUGCCCCCUGCUGGAGGUGUCUGAUAUGCUCAUGAUGGGUAACCACCCGGACCCCAUGUGCGUGUUCACGUAUGUCCAGUCCCUCUGCCACAGCCUGUCCAAAAUAGAGAAAGAGAGGAAGGACAGACAAAAUGAAGAGAAAGAGAAGCCUGCUAAUGAGGGAGAGGGGAAAGAUAAAGGAGAGGAUGUAAUGGGAGAGGUGUCAACGGAGAAGGAUGGAGACGAGUCCGCUGAGAAGGGGAAGAUGGAUGGCCCAGAGGAAAAAGAGGGAGAAGAUGCUGAGCCUGUGGUGACUGGUGAGGAGGAAGAGGAGGAUGCACUGAAAAGCUGCGAGGUGGAGGAAGGUGGAGGAGCGUUAGUGGAGGCAGAGUCGUAG